AUGGCAUCACUGGCUGCACCAGCUACACCAACUCCUACCUUACAAACUUCUGAUUCCAUCAGUUCUGAAUUUGAUUCUCGGAGCUCUACUGCUAUCUUUACUGUUGCUGAUGUUGAGGACCUUAUCUCCAGAGCUUUUGCACGUCAUGAUAAUAUUUUCUCCACUUCUGCCUCAUCUGCUUUGUUUGUCAAUACAGUUGCUUCUGUACGAUACUGGCAAUUACAUCAAAUGGAUAUGAAGAAUGCCUUCCUUAAUGGUGAUCUGGAGGUGGAAGUGUAUAUGCAACCACCGCAGGAUAUUUCACAUGAAUCUGGUCAUGUUUGUCAUCUUCGAAAAGCUCUUUAUGGACUAAAGCAAGCUCCAUUGGCAUUGUUUGCAAAAUUUAGUACCACCAUCUUUUUCUUUGGUUUUGUUCAAAGUGCUCAUGACUUUGCUCUUUUCGUUCGCAAAACAUAUAAGGGUCUUAUUCUACUUCUACUUUAUGUUGAUGAUAUAAUCAUCACGGGUGAUGAUAGUAUAGGAAUCAUGCAACUCAAGAAGUCCUUACAUCAGACAUUUGAAAUGAAAGAUCUUGGUCCACUUCGCUACUUUCUAGGACUUGAAGUUUCUAAUCAUGCCUUGAGGAAGACUGACAAUAAAACCAUGGUUUCUCCUCUUGAACCAAAUAUCAAGCUCAAGUCCACUGAUGGUAAAUCCUUAGACAAUCCAACCCUAUGUCGACAGCUUGUGGGUGGUUUAGUGUAUCUUACCAUCACUAGACCUGAUAUCACAUAUGCAGUACAUGUGGUUAGUCAGUUCAUGUCCAAUCCUCACACUGUCCAUUUUGCUGUUGUUCUUUGUAUUCUCCGCUAUUUGCGAGGAAAUAUGCAUAUUGGAGUAUUAUUGCCAUCAAAUUCUUUCUUAUGUUUAAGUGCUUAUAGUGAUGCAGAUUGGGCAGGUGAUGUGAAUGAUCGCAAAUCAACUACAGGAUAUUGUAUACUUCUUGGUGAUUCUCUGAUUUCUUGGUACAGCAAGAAACAAAAAGUUAUCUAA